UGUGAAAAUUAUUAUUAAAUAUUGUAUUUAAAAAGUAUGAUUUAUAAUAAUCAUCUAUAAUAUUAAUUACACAUUCAAUGUUCAACAAUCUUAAAAUUACAUGCACUUAAGAUUUACUGCAGACUAGAAAUGCAUAUUAUGACUAAUUACAGCUUCAAUAUAAAAUGUAGUUUCAUUUGAAAAAAAAAUUUUUUAAGAAUCAUUCUAAUUUUUUUUUUAUCCAAUUAUAAAAAUUGAUUUUCUAGAUAAAAUGUAGUGAUAAAAAAUCUUCAAAAAACGAAAUGCUUUUCUUCGACAAUACAUAUUACUAUACGGUCUUAUUUUAUUUAAUUAUAGAUGUGUAAUAUGCAUUCUUAUUUUUGAAUAUAUUAGGAGUGUAUAUAUUAAAUAUCUAUGAAUAUGUAAUAUAUAUUAAAAUUAACCAAUCAAAUAGUAUUUUUUUCAAAGGAUUUGUUAUUAACCACGAAUAGCGCUACAUAUUUACGACGAACUUUUCGUUAUUUUUUCUCUUCUUUCUCUUUUUUUUCUUUUAAUUUCUUUUCUUUUUGUGAUGCAGUCGCACUCUCGAUUAUUUCAAAAAACAAACAUGAAUCACAACAUGAAAACAUAACAAAACACUAAAUAAAACGCAAUUAAAAACGCAAACGAAUUAUUUACAUGUUAAAUAGGUAAUGAUUAAUAGAAAACUAAACACAAAUGUCAUUAUCUUUUUUAUCGAUUUUUUCUCGAUUUCCAAUCGAAAACUGCUUGAACGCGAGUGUAUUGACAUUUUAUUUAAAAUAUCGGUAUGCACAUACUGAUUUACCAAAACCAGACUUUCAAGAAUAUCGUCGAAAAUCUCUUCUUAAUUCAAAUAUAUCGGCUAAACGAAGUACCGAUGAACGAAGAACAGCAAAUUAUGCUGCAUCUUUCGUGGCAGGUGUCGCAGCACUUUAUGGGUUAAAAUCUCAUAUAUUACAUUAUAUAUUUUUUCUUGCCCCAUCACGAGGUAUUUUAGCAGAAGCACAAAUUGAAAUUAGUUUACGAGAUAUACCGGUAGGAAAAGUAUCAAUAUUUAAAUGGCAAGGAAAGCCGAUUUUCGUUUAUCAUCGCUCCCAAUCCAUUAUAGACCAAGAAAGAUUAGUAAACAUUGCGGAAUUAAGAGAUCCUGAAAGCGAUAAUGAAAGAGCUAAACGACCUGAAUGGUUAAUUGUUAUUGGAAUUUGCACGCAUCUUGGUUGUGUACCAAUUCCUAAUGCCGGUAUAAUACGUGGUGGAUUUUAUUGUCCAUGUCAUGCAUCUCACUUUGAUGCAGCUGGACGUAUACGUAGAGGACCAGCACCUACCAACUUAGAAAUACCUGAAUAUAAAUUUCUCACCGAUGAUACCAUUCUUGUUGGCUAACUACCGUACUUGAUAUUUAUCAUUGUUCUUAAUAAUUUAAUACUUUUUUUUAUUCUAUUUAAUAUAAUAUUAAUAUUUAUUAUUUAUUUCUAUAAAAAUUAAACUAUUUCUUUUCUUUUCUUUUCUAUUCUAUUAUUCUUUUCUAUUAUUUCUAUUUUUUACGUAUUAUUAUUAUUAUUAUUAAUUAUUAAUAUCAUCGUAAUAUCUGUUAAUUAUUAUCUAUUAUUAUCUUCGUUGUCUUGCUUAAAAAAAAUAUAUAAAUAAAUAAAAAUAUAUAGAUGGCGCUAAAGCCACACUUCGAUCAUUUCAUGUUUGAUAAUUUUCAAUUGUUGAUCAAACGUGAUAUUAAUUCAUACUACGUUUAAAAAUUGAAUUAAAAUGACACCACCAAUGGAAAGAAUACAAAUCCUUGAAACAAUUGAAAAAGAUAUUAUAGUGUGUUUGCAAAGUGCAGGACAACCACAUGAAGGUUCUGGAUAUGCCAGUCAAAAAGUAUUACAAAUGGCAUGGCAUAGGUUAGAACAUGCACGAAGCAGAGUAAAUGAAUUAGAACGUAUCAAAAACAAAUCAAGAUGAAUAUAUCUAGUCAUCUUUCUCAAUUAUUUUCAAUGUAUCAAUCAUAAAUGUUUCAAUUUGAAAAUUUUCAGUUUUUAUAUAUAUAUAUAUACAAAUAAUAUAAAGCAUUUAAUUCAUUCAUAACAAAUAUAUUUGUAAUUUUCAUGCAAACAUAUGUAUCUAUACAAUGAAUGAAAAUUUUAAAAA